UCCAUAAACAUCAUGGGAGCACUUACGUCAGACGAUAAUUAUUUCUAUUACAAAGAGUCUAUCACUCAGGAGGUCUCCGCGUGAUUCGUAACGAAGUCAAUUUUUUUUAUUUGUUUCAUUUUUAUUUUUUCAUCGAACUGUAAAUUUAAACAAUGGACAAAGAACAGAAAUUAGAAGUGGUGAGAGGGGCUAUAAAAACGUACAAAAAUUUUCCCAAGGAGGGAGUUAUUUACAAGGAUGUUUUCGGAAUAUUCCAAAACGUAACUGCUAUGACAGCUCUGAAGGAUUUGCUAGUAGAGCAUUGCUCGUCCUUAGAGGUGGACGUAAUUGUUGGCCUCGACUCCAGGGGUUUCUUGGUGGGUCCUCUUAUCGCCCUAGAACUUCAAAAGCCGUUCGUGCCCAUUAGGAAGAAGGGAAAAUUACCCGGAGAGGUUGCUGAGGCGAGUUAUGUACUAGAGUAUGGAGAGGCGACAUUUGAAAUCCAAACUGAGAGCAUUAGUAGGGGUAACAAAGUUCUGAUUGUCGACGAUCUGCUGGCAACUGGAGGAUCAAUGGCAGCUGCAGUUCAAUUGAUAAAAUCUCUGGAGGCUGAUGUGAUCGAGUGUUUUGUUAUCAUGGAACUUGUGUAUUUAGGUGGACGAUCCAAACUAAAGAGUCCAGUAUUUUCCUUAGUCAAAUAUGACUGAUUGCCCGGUGAAAAAUUCUCAAAAAUAUUUUCAGUAAAUAUCAAUUUCCAAUUUAUAAUUCCAUUUACUACAGUCAUUCCUCUCUAGCAUAUAUCAACACCAGAAAAUAUUUUCUUAUAUUCAAAAAUUAUACUGACAAUAUUUACAAAAAAUAGCAUUUAUAUUUUAAAUCAAAUAUUUACAAUGAAAUACA